CUGAUGUCAUUUCAAAACUUAACUCACACUCCCAAGUCAACGCAGCGAGUCGCUCACCUCCUCCUCUCCUGUGAAGUACUAUCUUCUCUUUGGCGGAGGCACUCUGAAGAAAAAACUCCAGGAGGUGAAAUAAACCCGAAAUAUCUCCACUAGACACGAAGCGGGAGGAUUUACAACCAGAAACCCCGGGACCAGAGCCCCUCUUUCUGCGGGCAAAGGCGGCACAACUUUAUUUGUCGAACUUCAACUAAAAGAAAAUGAAUCGGAGCUUUAACAGAUCGCAACCUCUGCGAAAUAUGGAUUGUAACGCAGUGGAAGUGAAAAGCAAGUAUGGGGCUGAAUUUCGCCGGUUCUCUGUGGACCGGGUCAAGCCUGGCAAGUUUGAAGAGUUUUACAAGCUCAUCCUGCACAUUCACCGCAUUGCCAAUAUGGAGGUGAUGAUUGGCUAUGCGGACAUCCACGGUGAUUUGCUGCCCAUCAACAAUGACGACAAUUUCUGCAAGGCGGUGUCAACAGCUCAUCCUCUGCUCAGGAUUUUCAUACAGAGACAAGAAGAGGUCGACUACGCCAACUUCGGCACCAACACAAUCACCCGUAGGAAGAAGGCGGUGGUCGCGCUCCGCAACAAUGACGUGAACAGAAAGCGGCCACACAUCCGCAUCGGCAUGCCCCAGGACUUCAGACCUGUCUCCUCCAUCAUUGAUGUUGACAUCCUCCCUGAGUCUCACCGUCGCGUUCGCCUGUAUCGCCACGGCUCGGACAAACCUCUGGGCUUCUACAUCCGCGAUGGGACCAGCGUGAGGGUGACGCCACACGGGUUGGAGAAAGUUCCUGGCAUCUUCAUAUCACGACUGGUGCCCGGAGGGUUGGCGGAGAGCACUGGGCUGCUGGCGGUUAACGAUGAAGUGUUGGAGGUUAACGGCAUUGAGGUCACUGGAAAGUCCUUAGAUCAGGUGACAGAUAUGAUGAUUGCCAACAGCCACAAUCUGAUUGUGACGGUGAAGCCGGUCAACCAGAGGAAUAACGUCGUCCGCAGCAGCAGGAUUUCUGGGAGCUCAGGACAGUCAUCCGACAGCAGCGGCUCAACUGGUUACCCGAGUUUGUCCAUUGCCACAGCAGGUGUCACAUCCCCUGGAGCACAUUACCAAGAUGACCUUGAGAGUGACGAAGAGACAGACAUCGUGAUUGAGAACAGCCUCAAACGGCCGUCUAUGAGGUCCAACGCUUCCCUGGCAUCCACUGCGUCCCGCACACACCAGCAGGCAUCAUCAACAGCUCAAAAUCCAGCUCCACCUCCUAGCCCGCCCACACGGCCUUCAUCUGUGGUCUCCACAGCCUCCUUCCACUCCCAGCCAAGCCUCAACGGAGGGUCCCACCACCACCACCACCACCAACACAGCAGCCUCAGCUACCAGCUCCACAGAGACCUGAGCCUUCACCACCCACAGACCCAGCAGCAGCAGCGUCACCACCACGUACAGCCUCCACAUCACAGCAGCAACCCGGCGCUCCGCCACAGCAACGGCAGCCUGCACAAAAUCCUCAGCUCCAUGAAAACAGACCCACGACACAGCCUCGCACUGCCCAGGGGAGGAGUGGAGGAGGACGGCACCGUUAUUACCCUAUAAUACUUAUAAACCCACAGACUGACAGAGACAUCCCCACUGCUCAGAGACUAAAACUGGAACACCAGGCCUGAUGAAAUGAGCGUGACAGUGUUUUGUAAGAAACUAAUUUUGUAACUUCUGUUUGUUUUUAUGAGAUAACUGAUGAUAGAAAGUUACAAAUCAGGAAGCAAGGAAAAUGUAUUGUGUAUAUUUCUUGUAUUUCCAAAGCUGUCUUUGUCUUAAAUGAAAAGAUUUGUAUGUAUGUUUGUACCAAGCAUCAGAACAAACUGUUUUUAGGAGAGUCCACUGUAUGUUAGAGUUCUGAAUGUGCCUACAGCCUGAUAUCUUUUGUUAGUGACCACUUUUAUUAAGAUCCUUUUCAUUCUUAUUUCUGGGACCAACUGGGGAUUGCUUGUGUAUGUUUUUAAAGAGUAAAUCUAUAUUUCUUAUAUUUGGAUAAAUGCUGUGUAGAGUAUGUUUUUUUAAUAGUUUUUUUAUGCAUUUGAUGAUUGUGAUCAAAUCCCUGUAUCUGUUCCAAUAAAUUAUUCUCACACUUUGGCAAAA